CGAAAACAACACAAUACUAAGGCAGACACACAAGUUAACUCACAACAGAACACAACAAACCCGUAUACUGAACACAUACCAACAUCGUAUCGUUCUGUAAAAACCAUAAAAAUACUUUAUUUUUAAGUCGUAUUAUUUGUUUUAGUUUACAUACGCUUUCGGCUACUUACAUGGAAGAAUUUCUAAAUAUCGAAGAAAGAGAUAGGGUCGCAAAUCAACAGAAUGGCGAUGCGGCCGCCGGGGAUGCUGGUAACGAUGAACCGCAUGAGCUGAGGCGAAUCCAAAGGCGAAUCCAUAAUGCGCCGCUAGGUCCUGCUGUUGUCCAGGUGGUGCAAGGCUAUGACGGCCAGGAGCGACCAUUGAGGAGGCCGCGGAAGAUGCGCAGCAUCUUUACCAUGGCCAGGAAGACAACGCUCCUCGCCGACCUGUAUCCGCCGGAGACAGCCACGCUAUUGAUCAAUGCGAAGCGGGUGGCGAUGCAGUCCGUUGGCGAGGAGCAGAGGAGCGAGUACUUUGCCAACUACCUCGCCGAGCACAUGACCAGUCAGAAUUAUCCCAACGGCGUUGGACUGCCAGAUCGUUGGGGUCAAUUCUAAUUGGCCGUGGUCUGUGCGAGGCAGUCAACGUGGCAGACAGCAAGGAUAUGGGCAAGGAUCGAGCCUUGGGUGUGUAAGCCAAGAGAUGUUGUGCAGAGAUUCAUACAACAGAUAUUGCUCCCAACUUUGAUGCAAAAAAAAGAAAAAAAAAAAAACUACAUAACUUCAGGAUGCCGAAAGCUUAUGGUAACUCAAAAACACGGCUUUGUUGACUUCUGAUGACUUGAACCAAUAUUCGAACUAUCCGAACACGUCUGACUAUUUUCUCAACUCACGAAGAAAGGAAACUUAAUCUUAAGGGACAUCUCUAACUCAUUACUCAUUACUCUUACUUACAAGCUAGUGGUUGGCUAUUUAUGUGGGCUCAAGAUUACUCAAUAAACAAACACUUAAGAGAGGUUUCAGCAUGA